AUGUUACAUCUUUUCUUCAAGUUACUGGCUGCCGUUUUAUACAUGGCAUCUUCAGCCACUGCAGCGGAAGGAGAAAGAGUCCUGGGAGGAAAACCGUGUCUGCCCAAUUCCCAGCCAUGGCAGGCUGCCCUAUUCUCAGGAUGCAGGCUGAUCUGUGGAGGGACGCUCAUUCACCCAUCAUGGGUGCUCAGUGCGGCCCACUGCAGAAAGUCAUCCAUUUUCCCGGUGCGUCUUGGAGAACACCAUCUGAGGCGCAUAGACUGGUCAGAACAGCUCAAGUUAUCGUCAAAAGCCAUUGUGCAUCCUGAGUACAACCGACAAACCUUGAACAAUGAUAUUAUGCUGGUUAAACUGCUGAUCCCGGCUACCUUAAAUGACAAAGUCAAAGUCCUGAAUUUGACUACCAGCUGCCCGGAGCCUGGAACCCAAUGCCUCAUUUCAGGAUGGGGUACAACAAGUAGCCCACAAGCCAAAUAUCCAGAUGUUCUACACUGUGCCAACAUCACCAUCUUCAGUCACAAUGUUUGCCGAUUGAUUUAUCCCAAUUAUAUCAAUGAAAACAUGGUCUGUGCUGGCAAGAUGGAGGGAGGAACAGAUACUUGCCAGGGUGAUUCGGGUGGACCCUUGGUCUGCAAUGGGAAGCUGCAAGGCAUUGUAUCCUGGGGUCCCUACAUAUGUGCCCAGCCAAAUAAGCCAGGAGUUUAUGUUAAUGUCUGCAGAUAUACUGACUGGAUCCAGGAGACUAUCCAGAAUAACUGAGGAUCACGGGACAAUUCUGAACAAACUCCAAAGGGAGAGGAAACUUUGCUUCUCUUUUUGGUCAAAUUGGCAUUGUGUUAUAUUGAUGGUGCUUUUGACACGCCUC